AACUGUGAGGGGCAGGAGGGCUGCCCCACACAGGGCUCAGGUCAGCCUGUCCAUGUGGCUCCUGCUGCUGCUCACCUUGGGACUGCUGCCAGGCUGCUGGGGAGUGACGGCACCCGACACCGUGUGGGGGUUCCUCGGGGGGUCCCUCUCGGUGAACUGCACGUACCAGGCCAGGUAUGAGAAGAAUCCCAAAUUCUGGUGCACACCGAGAUUUCGUCCUUUCACCUGCACUGACGACAUCGUCAUCACCAAGGAGCUGCAGCCCAGGGCGCACCAGGGCCGAUUCUCCAUCCGGGAUGAUUGGGAACGGCGGGUGUUCACGGUGACUGUGAAGGAUCUGGCCGAGAGGGACUCGGGCACCUACAGCUGCGGGGUGCGGACGGGCAUAGGACAGCGGGACGAGAGUGCUCUAGUGAAGGUGAUCGUGUUACCAGCCCCGUCGCACAGGUCCAGCCCUGCUCCCACUCCCGCCGCGGGGACGAACGCUCCGCCGUCGAGCCCCGGUCCCUUCCGCUUCUUCCCGGUGCUGUUCGGGCUGCAGGUGCUGGCCUUGGUGGCCAUGAGCGGAGCCGUGCUCCGGGCCAGCCUGUGGCGCGGCUGAGCCCCCGGCCGCGACCUCCCUCCCGCAGCUGCCGCCGCUCCGCUCCGCCCCGGGACUCCGGCCGCAGUGGAAAGCGAGGGGCGGGGUGUCAGCCCCGGGGCCCCACCAGUCCCUUCCCGCCGGGGUCUGCAAUGAAGA